AUGUCUAGCGAAAGAGCCCAAUUUGCCGCUGAGGUCGCCGAAGUCGAGAGGUGGUGGAAGAGCCCUCGAUUCGCUCGAGUCAACCGUCCCUACACCGCCGCCGACGUCGUGUCUAAGCGGGGUACCAUCAAGAUCAACUACCCCUCCGACGUCCAGGGUAAGAAGCUCUGGAAACUCCUCAGCGAGCAUGCGAAGAAUGGUACCCCUUCGCAUACCUAUGGCGCUCUUGACCCUGUCCAAGUGACCCAGAUGGCCAAGUACUUGGAGACCGUCUAUGUCUCUGGAUGGCAGUCAUCGAGUACCGCUUCCAGCUCCAAUGAGCCUGGUCCUGACCUCGCUGACUACCCCUCCAACACCGUGCCCAACAAGGUCGAGCAUUUGUUCAUGGCCCAGCUUUUCCAUGACCGAAAGCAGCGCGAAGCUCGUUCGCGUAUGUCUGACGCUGAACUUGCCAAUACCCCCGUGAUCGACUACCUCCGCCCCAUCGUCGCUGAUGCCGACACCGGUCAUGGUGGUUUGACUGCCGUCAUGAAGCUCACCAAGAUGUUCGUGGAGAAGGGUGCUGCUGGUAUCCACAUUGAGGAUCAAGCGCCCGGCACCAAAAAGUGCGGCCACAUGGCUGGCAAGGUCUUGGUCCCCAUCCAAGAGCACAUUAACCGACUUGUCGCGAUCCGUCUGCAAUACGACAUCAUGGGCGUCGAGAACUUGGUCGUUGCCCGAACCGACUCUGAAGCCGCUACCCUUAUUACCUCCAACAUCGACGACCGCGACCACCCCUUCAUCCAGGGUUCCACCAACCCCUCUCUCCCUCCUCUUAACAAUGUGAUGGUCGAGGCUGAGGCCCAGGGCAAGACCGGUGACCAACUCCAGGCCAUCGAGGACGGUUGGAUCAAGGCUGCCAACCUCCAACUCUUCCCCCAGGCAUUGGCCCAGGCUCUCGCCAACGAGGGUGCUUCCCGAUCUACCGUUGAGAAGCUCGUCGCCCGCGUCUCUCGGUUGUCGUGGCCCCAGGCUGUUGCCGUUGCCCAGAAGGAGUUCGGCCUCAAGCAAGUGCCUUACUGGAACUGGGAUGCUCCCCGAACCCGUGAGGGUUACUACAGGUACCAGGGUGGCACCGAGUGCGCUAUCCACCGUGCUAACGCCUUCGCUCCCUACGCCGACCUUCUCUGGAUGGAGACCAAGAAGCCCAUCUUGGCUCAGGCCAAGGAGUUCGCUGCUGGUGUCCAUGCCGUCCACCCUGGCCAGUGGCUCGCAUACAACCUGAGCCCUUCCUUCAAUUGGGAAGCUGCUGGCCUCAACGCCCAGGACAUGCAGGCCUACGUCUGGGAGCUCGGCAAGCUUGGUUUCGUCUGGCAAUUCAUUACUCUCGCCGGUCUUCACUCGAACGCCUACAUUUCGGACUUGUUCGCACAGAACUUCGCCAAGACUGGCAUGAAGGCUUAUGUCGAGCUCGUGCAAAGCCGGGAGCGAGAGAUUGGCUGCGACGUACUCACCCACCAGAAGUGGUCUGGUGCUGACUAUGCUGACAGCCUUAUCAAGACUGUUACUGGCGGUGUUUCGUCGACUGCUGCCAUGGGUGCUGGUGUCACUGAGAGCCAAUUCACUUCCAAGUUGUAA